AUGCAUUGGCUGUGGAAAAUUCCAAGAUAUUAUGCCCUCUGGGGUACUGAAAUGUUCAGCCAUACAUUCCAUAUUAAUAUCAAGAAACAAAUGUCCAUACAGUGGGGCCACCAGGAAGUACCUGCCAAGUCCAACUUCGCUAGUGAUGUGAUAGAUCACUGGGCCAACAUGGAGAAGGCUGGCAAGAGACCUCCACGUCCAGCCCUGUGGUGGGUGAGUGGUAGUGGGCAAGAGGUAAAGUGGAACUUCAGAGAACUGAGUGACAUCAGCCAACAGGCAGCCAAUGUCCUCUCGGGGGCCUGUGGCCUGCAGCGUGGGGAUCGUGUGGCAGUGGUACUUCCCCAAGUCCCGGAAUGGUGGCUGGUGACCCUGGGCUGCUUUCGGACUGGCCUUGUUUUCAUGCCUGGAACCAUCCAGCUGAAAUCCUCAGACAUACUCUACAGGCUGCAGUCAUCCAAGGCCAGGGCCAUUGUGGUCGGGGAUGAAGUGGCCCAAGAAGUGGACGCUGUGGCCCCCGAGUGCCCUUUUCUGAAGGUCAAGUUGCUGGUGUCUGAAAAAAGGAGAGAAGGAUGGCUCAACUUCAAGGCGUUGCUAAAGGAUGCAUCCACCACUCAUCACUGUGUGGAAACUGGAAGCCAUGAAUCAGCUGCCAUCUACUUCACUAGUGGGACCAGUGGCCCUCCCAAGAUGGUAGAACACUCCCAUUCCAGCCUGGGUAUCAAGGCCAAGAUGGACGCUGGCACCUGGACAGGCCUGGAUGUCUCUGACACGAUAUGGACCAUCUCAGACACAGGUUGGAUAGUGAACAUUUUAGCCUCAUUUCUGGAACCUUGGUCAUUGGGAGCAUGCACAUUUGUCCAUCUUUUGCCAAAGUUUGAUCCACAAACUGUUCUAAAGGUGCUGUCCAACUAUCCCAUCAACAGCAUGGUGGGUGCCCCCCUCAUUUACCGGAUGUUGCUACAACAAGAUCUUUCCAGUUACAAGUUCCCACACCUGCACAGCUGCUUCACUGGAGGGGAAAGCCUUCUCCCAGAGACUCUGGAGAACUGGAAAGCCAAGACAGGACUGGACAUCCGAGAGUUCUAUGGCCAGACAGAAACGGGUCUCACCUGCAGAGUUUCCAGAACGAUGACCAUCAAACCAGGCUCCCUGGGAACAGCUGUCCCCCAUUAUGACGUUCAGAUCAUAGAUGAACAUGGAAAUGUCCUGCCCCCUGGCAAGGAAGGAGACAUAGCCAUCAGGGUGAAGCCCAUCCGGCCUGUAGGCAUCUUCUCUGGAUACUUGGAAAAUCCCAAGAAGACAGAGGCCAAUAUUCGAGGAGACUUUUGGCUUCUGGGAGACCGGGGAACCAAGGAUUCAGAAGGGUAUUUCCACUUCUUGGGGCGGACAGACGAUAUCAUUAAUUCCAGCGGGUACCGGAUUGGACCAUCAGAGGUAGAGAAUGCAUUGAUGGAGCACCCUGCCGUGGUUGAGACAGCUGUGGUCAGCAGCCCAGACUCUACCAGAGGAGAGGUGGUAAAGGCAUUUGUGGUCCUUGCCCCUGAGUUCCUGUCCCAUGACCCAGACCAGCUCACCAAGUUGCUGCAGCAGCAUGUGAGGUCAGUGACAGCACCAUACAAGUACCCCAGAAAGGUGGAGUUUGUCUUGGACCUGCCCAAGACCAUCACAGGGAAAAUUGAUCGGAAAAAGCUUCGAGCCAAGGAAUGGAAAACAUCAGGACAAGCCCAGGCCCAGUGA